GCAAAACUCCUUGAAGAGAUUUUGAGAUUUUCGAAAGCGAGAUGCUGGAGCUUUAGGGAUCCGAAUCAAACGAUCAGCAAUGGCGCAAACCUCGAAUCUUGAUCUUGAUGAAGAAGAGGUGGAGCUCAGCCUCGGUCUCUCGCUCGGUAGAAGCUUCCGGAAGCCGCCCGCCACCGCAACGUCAUCGUCCACCGUCGAUCUAAAAGGAUUGGACGGCAGAGAUGAACCGGACCCGAACUCGCUGGACCCGCAGAAGAAGCGAGAGCUCCACGCGCUCCGGAGGCAGGAGGCGCGGAAGAAGAGAGAACAGAAGAAGAACGGGCAUUGGAAUGGCAAUGGCGUUUCUGUAAAUAGGUCGGAUUUGGUGGCUGAUAAGAUGUUGCUGGAGACGCAGAGGUUUGAAGCUAGGGUUAGGGAUCGGACGGUGAAGGAGAACGAAGGGUCGAGAUCGGAGCGGCGGCCCGUGGGAGAUCAGAAUGUAGGCCUUACCUUAACACCAAAUCCUAACCCUAACCCUAAUUUUCGAGGGUAUCAUCCUAAUGGAUUUACGGUUUUGCCACCGCCACCGCCACCGCCAACGGCGGCGAUGCAGUAUCCGUUUCAUCCAAUGCCGUAUGUGCCUUUUGGGAAUGGGUUUCAUUACCCUUACAUGGUGCCGUACUGGAGCCCGGCUACGGCAGCGGUGCCUCCUCAGCCGUCGGAUUCUGCAGCUAGGGCUGAUGGGCCGAGGCCGGACGGGUGUCGGGCUUUCAGGCCUUUCCAGCAGUCCGAUCUUGAUGCGAGCGGCGCGGAACGGGUUGCGGGUAGUGAUUCAGGGCAGAAUGGGAGUAAAGGAGGUGGGCCAUCGAGCGGAUCAACGGGCAGCAGCUCCUCUGCUGUCUCUGAUAAUCAGAGCGAGUUUUUGAGAGGCGGGAGCAGCAGCGACACUAGAAGCCACUCAAGUCGGCUGCGGCCACCGGUUGAGCAAUCUCAGCCACGGGUUCUGCUCGCACGGAAUCCACAACGUCAAUCCGAGCAAUGUGCUUCGACCCAUCUGAUGGAAUUAGCCCAAAAUGCAGAGGAGGCCAUAGACAAACCAGUGUUGAACACCAUUGCCACGCAAUCCGGUUGGAGCAAGCCUGAGGAAUUGGCCACACCCAUCUCAAACACCUUGAGAUCAGUCACAGCUGAGCCCAUCUCAACUACCAAGAGCCCACCUAAGAGCCCUCUCCUACCCAUACCAAUGGCGGGACACGACUGCGAUGACGACAAGAAACCAGGCCCGCCCUUGCCAUCGCUACCGCACAUGCCGUGCGUUUCCACCACUGGCAACGGCCCGAAUGGGAAAACCAUAACUGGGUUUUUAUACAGGUAUACGAAGACAGAGGUGAGCAUUGUCUGCGUGUGCCAUGGAAGCUCGUUCUCACCCGCGGAGUUCGUGAAGCACGCCGGAGGCACCGAUAUCUCACAACCAUUGAAGCAUAUCGUCGUCGUGCCAUCCGCCUUUGGAUGAACGAUGGGCAGUCGCAGGCCCCCAUGGGUACCAUCCUUCAUCAUCUGUCUUUGAAUUUUGCCUUCUUCCUUUUGGGAUAGUUUUCUCAGAGUUUGCAUAGAGAUGUUGGUUAGGCAUUAGAUCAUCUUUAACAAUAUGUAUACUAAAAAAAAAAAAAAAAAAGAAAGAAAGAAAAAUCCUUACAUGAACUCCUUGGCAAAAGUGGCUGGAGGAGUUUUUUUUUUUUUUUUCUCGUCUUUUGUUUCUCAUUUACAUCAAUGAAGGGUAGAUGUUCAGAUCAA